AUUGUCCGGAACAUUAUCGAAUGCGAAGGUUACAUCUGGACAUGACCAACAUAGGCACGCGACAUGCCUCCGAAGCGAAAGACCGCGCGCAAUGCGCAACAUCAACCACAACCCACCGUAGCCAUACAAUCUGACUAUGAGACCGAUACCGCAAACUACACGGACAGCCAGUCGAUGGCUAUAGUCCCACCGCCGCCCGUACGAUCAAACGCUGAGCUCAACCUGCUUGUCUUGCGACGCUGGUGUCCGGAGAUCGAAGGCAUUAUCGCGGUCGCGCCUUUCGCUGUGCUAUACCUCUUCUCGCCGGAGACGCAAGGAUGGGAGAAGUGCGAGACACAAGGAUCGCUUUUCGUCUGUCAACUCGGCGGAGAACUGUAUCCGCGAUACAGGGUGGUCAUCUUGAACAGGAAGAAUCCGGAGAACUUUCAAUUGGACAUUGUCAGCACCGAGAAUAUUGAGAUCACAGAGGAGUACGUUAUUGUGCAAAUCGUUGGAGAUGAUGGAACACCACACAUCUAUGGUAUCUGGAUCUUCUCGGAUGGAGACAGUGUUCCAGACACGAGGGAGGUCAUAGCAAAGACGAUCAUGGAUUGUGCUAUGAGAGCAGAGCAGGAUGCACUGGACGCGAAGGGUCAACACGAGCAGGAUGGCCACAUUGAGUCGCAUACUGAACCAGAAGUGAUCCCGGAACCUACGGCGCCUCGUCAGCAGCUCGCCGGCCAGCAAAUAGAUCUUGCUACGCUGUUUGCGAAGCCGCCGAUGCAGCCCGAAGGUCAGAUUCAACCACUGCUCCAGCCGCAUGGUGUCAGUGGUCCUCACCAUACAUACGAGUACGCGCAGGGCCAACAAUUCGGUGCGCCGGCGACGGAGUCCUUUCAGAUACAUCAAACGGCCCACCAAGCAGCUGCUCCUCCGUCCCAACAGAACGCUCUGCUGGACCUAUUCAAGAACGCAAAGAGAGGAUGAAAUGCUGGCCAUGCCAUGC